AAAGGACGCUUUCGUACGCAAGCAGAAGGACGCCAUGUUCAUUUGUCAACGGACGUUAAGGUGUUCCCGUAAGGAAGCAGCGAGCAGCUGCCGCCGCCGGAUAGGAAUCAAAAAAUCAGAGCUGAUACUGAUCCGAGAGUGAACGAUCUCGCUCAUUUCGCGCGUCUUCUCCGCGUUUCCGCCAUGGAGAACGUCGCCGAGGAAUCGUCGAAUCGCAAACGCGAGGAAUACGAGAUGCAGCUGCUCGGCUUCCAUUCCACAACCUUAUACGCGGCUUUUAAGAACACAGUGAUGGAAAGGAUACAGUCUACAAGCAGGAAGUUACGUGAGGCUUUGGAGAAAUCAUACAAAAUCUCAGAUUCUGAAAAGUUAGAAACGCUAAAGAUGAAUGAAAAGAAUCUUAUAAAAGCAUACUACACGGCUUCUUUACCUUACCUGAAAAAUAUCAAGCGUAAUGUGAAUAAAACUAUUGCUAUACCGAGCAAUGUUCUAUUGAGCACGGAUAAACCUCAAGCAACGCAAUAUACAGAAGAGGAGUUAGAAAUUAUACGCAAGGAACUGAAUGAAUUACAACAAAAAGCCAAACAAGCAACUAUAUUGGAUGCUGCAUUGAAGGAGGAAUUACAGCUCAUAGAGCAAUCUUCGAUCUGUGCACAUAAUAUUGAUAGACUGAGUCACAUAAUUGAAAGUGGUGCCUCAUGUCCAGACGUUAGUAACAAAAUUCUUCAAUUAGCCAAAAAUUAUAAACAAUUCAGCUCGUUUUUUGAUGACAAAACGCCUGUACUUCCAAAAUCGCAUUACAAUAUAAUUGAUGAUGUUAAAUGUAUAGAUGUAGAUAUUGAAAAUUUAUGAUUGUUAAAGAAAGUAUUUUCAUGCAUCCUUGGAUGCUUUAUUACUGAUAUUACUGCCAUUUUGAGAUUAAUAUAUUUAACUUAACAUGAAUAUAUUAAUAAUUAUGUUAAUAUGU